AUGCUCCCCUCAAUAUCCCUCCUCUCUUCCCUCUCCUUCCUCCUCCUCACCUCCGCCACCCCCUCACCGACCCCAGAACCCCUUCGGCUCCCCCUCAUCAACCUCGACUCCCGGCAAUAUGACCCCGACAUCAAUGUCCGCCGCUCAUGGCUGGACGACCAAGCGGCGGGUCUCCGGUCCAAAUACGCCUCGCAGCUCGAGGGCCGAACCCUCGAUAUCCACCGUCGGGAGCUCAUUGAGCGGGAUAUGAAGAAGCGGGCUGUGGGGAACGUAACGUUGGUCAAUGUCGGGAUCGACGCGAGUUAUGCUGCGCCAGUCCAGAUCGGGAAUCCGGCGCAGACAUUCUUGUUGAUCCUGGAUACGGGGUCGUCGGAUCUGUGGGUAGCGGGGAGUCAGUGUACGACGGCGACGUGCCGCGCGACGACGACGUUCACGUCGAGCUCUAGUAGCUCGUUUGCGAGCACGAAUGACCCGUUCAGUAUCACGUAUGGGAGUGGGCAGGCGCAAGGUGUCAUUGCGCAGGAUACGGUGGCGAUGGGUGGAUUCUCGGUGAAUCAGCAGGGGUUUGCUGUUGUCAACGCAACUUCUGCCAACCUCAUUCGGUCCCCGAUUUCAGGGCUCAUGGGUCUCGCCUGGCGAGCGUUGGCUCAGACAGCCGCGACGCCAUUCUGGCAGACGCUUGCUGCGAGUGGGCAGUGGAGUUCUCAGGAGAUGGGAUUCUACAUGCGGAGAUAUAGGGGUGUAUCAGGGGUGCAGAGCGUGGAGCGGCAAGGAGGGGAGUUCAUCAUGGGUGGCGUGGAUACUGCCCGAUUUACCGGAGACAUCAACUACAUCUCACUACCACAAUCAUCGCUUGAUUUCUGGCGGAUACCUGUCCAGGGCAUGACCGUGCAGGGCAACAGCGUCUCCUUGAACUCCCCCCAAGCCGCCAUCGACACCGGAACAACCCUCAUCGGCGUUCCCUCCACCGUCAUCAAGUCGAUUUACGCCCAAAUUCCCAGCUCCUCAGCCAUGUCUGCCAGCUCGGGUUACGAGGGCUACUACCAGUACCCUUGCUCGACAAACGUCAGCGUUACCAUGCAGUUCGGCGGACUGAGCUACCGGAUCUCGGCGCAGGACUUCAACUUGGGCGCCUUCAACACGAGGGAUCCGACCAUGUGCACGGGGUGUUUCUUCGAGAUGAACCUGAGUAGCGCCAGUCCCGCCCAGUGGAUCGUCGGAGCUAGUUUCUUGAAGAAUGUCUACUCCACGUUCCGGUACAACCCCCCGGCGAUCGGUUUCGCGGCCUUAUCCGGCAGCAGCGACACCAUCACAACUGGCAAUGCAGCCAACACCAGCACAGUGGGCACUGGAGGAAGUAAGAGUGCUGCCGGGCGUAGUAUGGAGCUCGGAUUGGGGGCGAUGGGUCUGGCGGUAACGGCAGGAGUGGCGGGGUGGCUGGCUGCUGUAUGA